AUUCGCCUCAAAACGGGGCAUCACAUUAGUGCAAGGUAUCCCGUAUAACAGUACCGGGCAGGCUAUAGUUGAGCGAGCAAAUCAGACCCUGAAAACCAGGCUAGAAGUGUUGGCGAAAGCAGAGGGCUUCACUAAUUCCAUUCCCCCAGGAGAUCAGGCGCGUAUUCUGGCAACCGCUUUGCUGGCACUGAAUCAAUUCCCUAGGGGAGAUGAAACAAACAGUCCCGUUCAAAAACACUGGGCCACCCGAGCGCUAGAGGAGGGCCCGCAGGUUAUAAUUAGAAAUGAACUAGGCGAAUGGGAACGGGGCUGGAAGCUGAUGCUCACGGGGCGAGGGUAUGCAGCUGUCAAAAAAGACGGCAAAGUCAGGUGGUGUCCACUUAAGUCAAUCAAGCCCGACCUUCACAAUGAGCAGAAUGAGACUGAUGAGAGUUGUGAGUUUUUGUUUACAGGACAUGCUCGUGGGACGUCCUCGUGACGCGUACAUCCCCGUUCCAGAGGACAGUGACAGACCACCGAGCCGCCAAACAGCUCCCGAGAGACCUACACGGGAGAGACCUAAGCAUCAACGGUGUUUCUGUGUAAUUUUGCUGUUGGGGCUUGUCGCUAGAGGGCAAGCCAGCCCAGACCACUACCCCCAUCAGCCAUUCGGGUGGGUCAUGCGACACCUUGGAAGUGGCAAGGUGCUCAAAGAAAUCACCACACCAAACGCCCCAUCCUUUGUGCUUCGCAUCACCGACCUGUUUCCAGGACGACCAAAGGUAGACCCCUAUUCCCCACACGCCACACACAUGUACCUAUCCUACUGGUGCCCAGCCUCAAACCCAGGGAAAAGCUACUGCAAUCACCCAGGGUGGGGAUAUUGUGGGCACUGGGGCUGCGAAACCAUUGUUACAGAUGCCAGGCCGUCAGGGCCUGGGUGGGAUCCACAAGAGCCCGACAAAUUCUUACAGUUCACCUGGGCACCCACCGGCUGCAAAACACCCGUCUUCCUCCAGGGAAGUUUCUAUCGAAACCGUCAUAAAAUCCCUGACUUUCCAAAAUGUACUAACUACAACAUGACGGUUUUGCAGCCAGAUCACCCCAGUUGGGCCAUGGGCAAAACGUGGACAGUAGUCCUUCAAGGGUCGAAAGAGAGGGUGAAUGUGCAAAUUAUCAGGCUCCGACCGUCGACACCCCGAGCGGUCGGACCGAACAAAGUGGUUAAAAACGCACAGAAAGGGAGAAACACGACCCACCCCAAAAUCUUGCCCACAAAGGCCACCGAUAUCCCGACCGGCCAUGCAGAAGCAUUCCAGAUAGGCCGCUCAGCCGGGUCGGACCCAGACCCAAUCCUUCGCAUGCUAGAAGCUACCUUUCUAUCCCUGAACGAAUCCAACCCGAAUCUAACCGACUCCUGCUGGCUUUGUUACGAUGUUAAACCCCCCUUUUACGAAGGAGUCGCUUUAAAUACCCCCUUCAGUUACUCCACAGCCGACGCCCCUCACCAGUGCAGGUGGGACACCCCCCGCAGAGGAAUCACCCUGAGUCAAGUCACAGGCCAGGGCAGAUGCUUUGGAAACGCAACCCUAGCUAGGCGGAAAGGCAACGUCUGCACCAAAGUUGUCAAGCCCAACAGGAAGAACAAUAAGUGGGUAGUCCCAUCCGCAUCUGGGAUGUGGGUUUGCCAGCGAUCUGGAGUGAGUCCCUGUGUGUUCCUUGCCAAAUUCAAUGACUCUAACGACUUUUGUGUCCAAGUUCUAAUUGUUCCUAAGGUCCUGUACCACUCAGACGAAGAAGUGUACCACCUUUUUGAAGAACCCAGCCGACUCCACAAAAGAGAAAUAGUGACAGGCAUAACUAUCGCAAUGCUGCUCGGCCUAGGAGCAGCCGGAACGGCCACAGGCGUCUCAGCCCUAGCGACCCAACAUCAAGGACUGUCCCAGCUGCAAAUGACCAUCGAUGAGGACCUGCAAAGGAUCGAGAAAUCCAUUUCCUUUCUAGAGAAGUCAGUCUCCUCACUCUCAGAAGUGGUCUUGCAGAACAGGCGAGGACUGGACCUCCUGUUCAUGCAACAAGGAGGCCUGUGUGCUGCCCUGAGAGAGGAGUGUUGCUUCUACGCGGACCAUACGGGAGUCGUUAGAGACUCCAUGGCAGAACUCCGAAACAGACUGGCUCAAAGGCAGAAAGACAGGGAAGCACAACAGGGUUGGUUCGAAUCCUGGUUCAAUCAAUCACCGUGGCUAACCACCCUAAUUUCCACCCUAAUAGGUCCAUUGGCAAUGCUACUUUUAGCUAUUACCUUCGGACCAUGCUUGCUAAACAAGCUAGUCUCAUUCGUUCAGACCCGCCUAGAACGGGCCAACAUCCUGUUCAUAGGCCGGCAACAAAUGCUGUGAAUUCAGCCGGGAACACAGCCAGUCGCAAGAUUUUCUAAGCUUGCCUGGCAAAAAACUUACUCAGGUUUACCAAACCCCUCUCCCUUAUCAAAUUACAACCUUAUACCUCAUUUCAGUGCCUAUAUCUACGACUACCUCAUUCAUUUGUGAAAAAGGGGGGGGGAAAUGUGGUAGAUAGGGAUAGGCGAACGGAAGAUCACGCGAUGUGACGGAAAGCAGCAGGAUUCCCUUCUCCCCUGGUCACCUGAGAUAAGAGAUCUCCCUAGGAAUGUGACCAGGAAUGUAGCCCCCCUAACGAUAGUAACUUUCCACUCCUUACUGACCAUGGAUAGUACUGCAGACCUCCCUCUGACGUAGUGAAACCCCCUAGACUAUAAAACCCCAUGAGAUGAGAUAAUAAAGGCCUUUUGACCGUCCACCA